UGAAGUUGGGUCCCACGCGUUGAAAGUGCAAAAAAGCAUGAGCUAGCCGUUAGUGGUGUGACGAAUGAAGAAGCUCCUAGUCCCACCUCGACAUCGUCCUUCUCCUUCACCGAUACUGCGAAAUCGUCCUUCUCCUUCACCGAAACUUCGAAAAUCUCUCUCUCUCUCUCUGUGGAAAUGGCCGAUUUUGGAAACCUUUCAGACACUGACGAUUCAGCAGUGGAGGAGCUUAUCUCCCAAGCACAAGACCUCUCUGUUCUUGAACAAGUCUCUAAAAUCAAUUGUGCUGCUUUUUCUGAUUCACUCCUUCCUUCUGAUUUGGAAACCCGAUUCCUCAAACUCAAACCCAAACCCAAAUCUUCAAAUGCCCAUUUCAAUUUUGACUCUCUCAGAGGCAAGACAGUUCAUGGCUCUCCUAACAAAACUGGCUCAGUUGGGAAAACGAGCUCAAUGAAGGAUGAAGUAGAUAGUUUCUUGAAUGCUAAAGACAAGGAAUCAGCAAGUAAAGGGUUUGUUUCUUUCCCCUUGAAUUCUUCUAUAGGAGAAGAGAUUUUCUUCCCUGUAGAUGAAAACCCAAGUAGAGAAAAGGGUUUGGAGGAGAAAUCCAAAGAUGAAUCGCUUUUCUCCCCUUCUGAUUCUUCCAAUUCAUGGAUUGAAAAUUUCAUUUCCACGCCAUCCAAACAUAACUCAGGGAAGAGGAGUUCGUUUAAUUCUAAAUUGAAAUCUGAGUCAUUUAAUUCUCCUUUGGGUUCGCCAAACUAUUCCAUGGAUUCGCCUUCUCCUCCUCGGAAAACCGGCUGCUUUUGGUGUUCCCCGAAGAAGGAUUCAAAGAAAAAGAAGAAAGAAAACUGGAAUAUUAUUGAAUGGGGUAGCAAGAAUGAUGAGUUCUUGUCGGUUUUAAACACAUUUUCAUCGAAGGAGCAAGAAAAGAUUCUAAGACAGGCAAUGAAAGAGCAAGAGAAAAUUAGCAGGGAGGCGGAGAAGAUUGUUCAAUGGGCAAAACAAGCAUCAGAUAGGAUGAGUUUUCACGGGAUUGAAGAUGAACUCAGUGAUGAUGAUGAUAAAAGCAAAAUUUGAAUGAUCUUUUGAUUUUAUUUCUUGUUUAUUUCUAAAUUGGAUUGACCAUAUAUGUUAAUAGAAAUAGUUAUCAUAUUCAUAUUGUCUUUA